AGGUGACCUGAGUGUUUCUAUGUGUUGCUUUCUUAGGAGUCUUUAGUGAGUGCUGCGAGGGUAACUCAGGCAAGAUCAGAACUUCAGACAUGAAUUUAGUCACCUAUGAUGACGUGCAUAUGAACUUCACUCAGGAAGAGGGGGCUUUGCUUGAGACUUCUCAGAAGAAUCUCUACAAAGAUGUGAUGCUAGAGACCUAUCGGAAUCUCUCAGCUAUAGGCAACUACACCAGGAACAAUGUGAACCUGACUAAUAUUACCUGUGCUAAUGAAAGACCCCCGAAGGGAGACCCUCACUCAAGCCUCGGGACAGCCGCGGACCCAAGAAGACACUGAGACCGAACUCAAAAUGUUGAAGGCAAGAUUUAAUAAAGCAACAGCAAGAAAGCACAUAGACCAGAGCUCUGGGGUCGAAACUCAUACACCUAGUGGUGUAGAGGAGAAUCGACGACGAGCCAAAUUUUUCACAGGCUUAUACAGGAAAAACUCAAGGGGGGAGAGCGGGGCAGGGAAAGUACAAGUUUACAUAACUAAGGGGUUCUGCCAAGGGACAAGGGGUUCUGCCAAGGGAUUCUACGUAACUAAGGGGUCAUGUCCUAUUAUUUGGCAAUGUACCCGGUUCAUUCUGAGGUUGUUCCAGGAGGCCCUUAUCUCAAAAAUGUUCUUGGAACAGUCUUUAGUUGGGAGGGUUCGAACUCUAGGGUGAGGAGUUCAGGAAUGCAUUCUGGGGUGAAGAGUUCAGGAGUGUUCUGGGAACACUCUCUAGAUGGGAGGGGUCGGGCUCUGGGGUGAGGAAGAGUUCAGUGAUUUUGUAUUCUUCACUAGUAUGUGUAUAGAAAUAAAAUAAAAUCAUAUUUCCUGACUCCAAUAAAAGUAACUCAAAG